UCCUCAUCCGCUGGAAUAGCUUUGCACGCGAAAAAGCAUUCCAAUUCCUAGUCCAGUGAGUGACUCGCCAAAAAAAAAACUCGUCCCCCGUUUGAUGAUGGCGAACGAAAACAUUCCCCAAUCAUUUUGCGUGGAAGUUGGUUUGUUGCUCUCGCAGGAAAAAUUUACGGACAAAAACAAACGCGAAAAUAUUGUGCCUCUCUCUCUCUUUACUACAAGACGAGCUUGUUGGUAUUGGUAUGUUGUCAUGGAGGAGAAUAAAGUUGCGAUGAGUGCUUCGUUUAGUGAUGAGAUGAGUGACGAUAUGAUCGUACGGUGGAGCACUUUUGUGUUGUACGCAAUGAUGAGUCGAGUGCAGUUGAGCUUUGUAACCCGACGUAGGACGACCGCGAACAACCAUGCACGCUGCUGGCUGAGCCGUUCCGUGCCAGUGUUAAACCCUCCAUUGGAUGGGCAGUGAAGUAGGAUUUUCCCAACAAAUCUCAACAAAGUGUGUUCGUGGUGUGUGCUGUUGAUAUGUAAUCGAUUGAGAUGUAUGAAAAAUUGAUCAAAGCAAGCAGCGUCGCUUGCAUACCAAAAAAAAUAUCCAUGUUGCGAAGUGCUGGAGAAUUGUGAAAUCGGAAAAAAAGACACCCUCAAAAAAAAUAGAAACCACGCAAAGAAACAGUGUGCAAGUGUGUGUUUGUGUACGUGUGUGUGUUUUGUGUUUGAAUGUGUGUGUGUGUGCGUACGUUCUUAGUGAGCAAAAAGUGAGUAAAAGGCAGCAAGAAUUUGUGAGUAUGAGCGGUACAACAAAACCAUCCCGUGUAGAAUAAAAGCAACCUCAACACAACAAAAAGCCGAAGCGAAAGUGUGCGGGAGCGUGUGUUGUUUUUUUUUUGUUGGUUUUACACGUUAAUGUGGUGUGAGUGUUUUGGUAAGAGAAAGAGCACCAUUAUUAUUGCCGUGGGAGACGCGGAGCGUAAUCCGAAGAAAAAGCAGCAGUUCGGUGCGUGAGUGAAGACAAGAUGGCGUCGGUGCGUGAGGAGGAACAUAGUAUUCGGGUGAUGGCACGGGAGCGGGACCGUGGUGGAGGUGGACCCCAGACUAGCGAGCAGGCAGAAUGUGUAUCCAUUAUGGAAAGUGCGACACUACAUUCGGGCGAGCGGAAUGUGAUUAGAUUAUCAGCGCGAAGAAAAUGCAAGAGAAAACUGCGCGAACCAGCAUCGUGUGCGAUGGCAGUGGAUGGUGCUGCCGGGUGCGUACCAGCGGAAGUAGCCCUUCCGCACCGGCAGUAUCUCUGUCAAAGUCACAGUAAUUCCAUUAAAAGCCCUAAUCACGCGGACAACAAUGUAUGUACCGUGCCGGGGAAGGGCGCCAAUGUUGUACGGCCACAGCGCAACAGCUCUCUCAAGCAACCCCGCAACGGUGCGUUAUCGAAUGGGGACAAUAAUAGCAACUACCAUUGCCAGCAGUCUGCGGGAACGAGGACAACAACUAUGGGGACGACGCCAACGUUCGUCUCGCCGAGCAAUGCACAUCAAUCGUUUGGCCUCGCUUCAGCAUCCACACUAUCACCGCCAUCAUCAUCAUCGCCAUCUUUACCGUUCAGCCUGCCAAAGAUUCUGAGCAAUGCCAUGGUAACGGUUCGGCUGCCCAGAUUGUUACUUCUAGGCCUACUGCUGUCCGUGCUCGGGCAUGGUUGCUCCGGCUUCGUACUGGACGGUUCACAGAAUAGUUUUGCACAAUUCCGCAAAUGGUACACCGGGCUCAAUGGGUCGCUGGAGCUCGAGUUCAAGACGGAGCAACCGAACGGACUCGUGCUGUACACCGACGAUGGCGGUACGUUCGAUUUCUUCGAGCUGAAGCUGGUCGAAGGUGCCCUACGAUUGCGCUACAAUCUUGGUGGCGGCGCACAAAUCAUUACCGUCGGUAGGGAUCUACACGAUGGCCACUGGCAUAAGGUUCAGGUAAUGCGCAACGACGAACAUACAACCCUGACCGUCGACGGUGUAUCGCAGAGUCGCAGCUCCCGAGGGAAGGAGUUUCUGUUCGGCAAGUUUGCCACCAACUCGGACGUCUUUGUCGGUGGUAUGCCAAACUGGUACAACACCAAGCUAGCCCUGCUAGCGCUGCCCAGUGUCAUCUUCGAGCCAAGGUUCCGGGGCUCGGUGCGAAAUCUGGUGUACUCGGACCAGCCGGGCGUUUCACCACGAAGGCAAGAGAUGCGGCAACCGCGAGACAUCAAGUGCGGAGAUUCACCCUGCGAUCUGACGGCGAUGCCACGAGAAAAAGUGACACGGCAACUGCGAACCAACGUUACGGAUGCCUGCGAGCGUCACGACCCAUGCCAACACGGUGGCAUCUGCAUAUCAACCGAUUCCGGUCCAAUCUGUGAGUGCCGUAACGUGGAAUACGAGGGAACGUACUGCGAGCGAGACAAAGCACCGUCGGAGGCAACGUUCCGUGGAACGGAGUUUCUCUCGUACGACUUAGGACAGACGGGUGGAGAACCGAUCGUUAGCGCCCAGGAUGCCAUCACGCUAUACUUUCGUACUCGCCAACCGAACGGACUCCUCUUCUACACCGGUCACGGAACUGAUUAUCUGAAUUUGGCCCUUCGCGAUGGUGGUGUAUCGCUGACCAUGGGUCUAUCGAACGGGAAGCAAGAAAUGCACAUCAAACCAUCCCGCGUACGCUUCGACGACCAUCAAUGGCACAAAGUUACGGUCCAUCGGCGAAUUCAGGAGAUCUCAUCGAUAACGAGCUUCUGUCGGCUGGUCGCCGUGGUGGACGAUGUGUACACGGACCAUUCACACAUUGCCGGCAAGUUCACGAUGCUCUCGUCGUCCCGGGUGUACGUGGGCGGUGCAGUAAAUCCCCGGGCACUGCUGGGAGCACGUGUGCACAACAACUUCGUCGGAUGCUUGCGUAAGGUCGAAUUUUCUGCCGAUACACUGCGACUCAAUCUGAUCGAUUUGGCGCGCACCGGAUCAAAGCUGAUACAGGUGGCUGGGCGCGUUGAUUAUACGUGUCCAUCCGGCGAUCCGCAGGAUCCGGUUACCUUCACCACGCGGGAAUCCUAUCUUCUACUUCCACCGUGGGACGCUUCGAAGCAGGGCAUACUGUCGUUUAAAUUUCGCACAAACGAACCAAAUGGACUAAUCAUCCUCAACACAAUGACUCGCGCACCAAAGAGUAAUUUCUUCGCGGUGGAGUUGCUGAACGGGCACAUCUAUAUCCACAUGGAUCUUGGGUCGGGUGCGGUUAAGGUGCGUGCAUCAAGGCGCCGUGUCGAUGAUGGUGUUUGGCACGAGCUGUCACUGCGUCGGAAUGGGCGCGACGGUAAGGUCGGUGUGGAUGGGCAGUGGAACGAGUUCCGGACACCGGGUGAAGCGUCCCAGAUGCAGCUGGACAGCCCUAUGUACAUCGGUGGCAUUGGGCCACCGUACGCGGAGAUUUACAUUCCACCGGCCAUAUGGACUGCGACGCUGCGACAAGGAUUCGUGGGCUGUUUGCGAGAUCUUACGCUGUCUGGGAAACCGGUUGAUAUUGCUCAUAUCGCACGGCAGCAGGACUCAGGUGCCAUCAAACCGUCGUGCCAUGUGAUAGCUAAUCAGUGCGGUGGACAGGUAUCACCGUGCCAGAACGGUGGUCAAUGUACCGAGGGAUGGAAUCGACCGCUCUGUGACUGUUCCGCGACUCUAUUUACUGGACCGACCUGUGGCCGUGAAUCAGCAACGCUUGCCUUCAACGGAUCGCAGCACAUGGCGGUAUGGAUCGGCGGUACACAGGGCAGCCGUACACAAACGGAAGAGUUGGUGAUACGCUUCAAAACAUCAAGGCCUGCCGGACUGUUGCUGCUGACCAGUGCCGAAUCAAGCUCAUCCGAUCGGCUCGAGAUUGGGCUGGUGGCCGGGCGUGUACGGGCCAACGUACGACUUGGAGAUCGCGAAAAGAACUUGCUCGCCGGUCUGACCGUCCUAAAUGACAACAAUUGGCACACGGUGAGAUUUUCUCGCCGUGCGUCAAAUCUGCGGCUGCAAGUUGACGGGACACAGCCCGUCAGGGGUAUGUUAUCUGAAGCGAUCCUUGGCCGACACAGUACGCUGGAGGUUAAAUCCAUACAUCUCGGUGGACUGUUCCAUGCGGAGGAAGAAAUCCAAAUGACGGCUGCGAUGCCUAACUUUGUCGGCCAGCUGCAAGGCUUUGUCUACAACGGUCAUCGAUAUAUUGAUCUUGUGAAAUCGCUCGGUCCAGAACUUUCCUCACUCCCGACGACAACGUUCAAGCUGACGGCACGGUUCGUAAACUCACCACCAGGAUCACCGUAUCUGCCGGCUACCUUCCGAUCGAAACACUCGUACGUCGGUUUACCGAUCCUGAAGGCAUACUCGUCGGUCUUUAUCGAUUUUCGCUUCAAGACACUCGAACCGAACGGACUCCUCUUCUACAACGGUGGCAAACGGUCCGACUUUGUAGCGGUGGAGCUCGUUAACGGCCACAUACACUACGUGUUCGAUCUCGGUGAUGGACCGAUUACGUUGCGCGAUAAGGCCCGCAUACACAUGAACGAUAACCGGUGGCAUUCGGUCAGUAUACGCCGACCGGGGCCGAAAACGCACACCCUUGCGGUGGACGAAUCGAUCGAGAUAUACACGGCCAGUGGUAAUAAUAUGCAUCUGGAGUUGGAAGGCAUUCUGUACGUGGGCGGUGUCUUUAAGGAUAUGUACACACGGCUGCCUUCAAGUAUUGCUUCCCGUUCCGGGUUCGAAGGAUGCAUUGCGUCGGUGGAUCUGGCUGAUACAUCGCCCAGCCUGACGGAGGAUGCCGUCGUGCCGAGUUCGCUGGUGGUAUCGGGUUGUGAAGGACCCACCAAGUGUAGUCAGAAUGCGUGUGCUAAUCGGGGCGUCUGUGUGCAGCAAUGGAAUGCUUAUGCCUGUGAAUGUGACAUGACUUCAUUCACCGGUCCUACUUGUUAUGAUGAAUCAAUAUCCUACGAGUUCGGUAACAACAAAGGCCUCAUACAGUACAAUUUUCCACCGGGUCGUCAACCCGACACUGAGGAGGAUAGCAUAGCACUCGGCUUCGUGACGACCAAAUCGGAUGCCGUGCUGUUGCGCAUCGAAAGCUCAACAACGCAGGACUACAUCGAGAUGGAGAUCGUGGAAGGAAAUGUAUUUACCGUGUACAAUGUUGGCACACAAGAUCUCCCAUUGGGCGAGGUGGCGGUGAAGGUAAACGACAACAACUACCACAUUGUACGGUUUACCCGGACCGGAGCGAACGCAACACUGCAGAUCGACGACUACAAUGUCCAGACGGUGUCAUCGAUCGGACAUCAAUCGACCGUGUUUACAUCGAUGGCCAACAUACAGGUCGGUGGUAAGAUCGCACGCAAUGGACGUUCGCGUAUCGAGCGACCCUUCAGUGGAGUGAUCGCCGGCCUAUCCGUCAAUCGGCUGCGCGUUCUCGAUCUGGCCGCGGAACGCGAUCCGCACAUCAAUGUUCGGGGCGAUGUACAAUUGGUAACUGGCGUUUUAGAUAGAAAUGACCAAAGAAUGCAGCAGACCCCGGCCAGCGGUUACCCAGGCGUGAUGGACGAUCUCAUCUUUAGUGGUGCCGGUUCCGGUUGCCGCGGUGACGACGAGGACGAAUGUACGCCACCGUUCGAGAAUGGUUCGGGCGAUGAUUUGAUCACGCCGGUGUACGUUCCACCGACCAAGCAGACGGCCACCACAUCUUCGGGCGGUGGCGGCAAGGAUGGUUCGGGUGGGCGUGGACGUGGUAAGGCAGGCGAGAAGCUGUGCGAUGAUGAGGACUGUCUGCACGGUUCCGGCAGUGGCGAGGUGACGGAGGUGUUUACAACAUCUACGGCAAGAAGUUCUGAAACGAGCCCCGAAAUGACCUACACAACGGUCGAUUUUGAUAGGAAAACGGAUGGUACACCGUCGUAUACGACACAGCGUCGAACACCCGAUACGUACUCAUCAUCGUCACACACGACCAGCGAGAUGGAUACGACCAGCGGCAUGAGCAGCGGUGGUACGACGGGCAGUUAUGGUAGUAGCAGUGGUAGUUACGGCAGUCCCGUAGACAGCUACGGUACGACGGUUUCGAUGGGUACGACCGGUUCCGGUACGACGGCCGGUACCACAACCAGUGGCCGUGUGAUAACGACCUCAACCGGUACGACGGUCGGUCUGAGUACGUACGGUUCCACGACGCAACAGCAACAGCACACACCAUCCGAAACCACCGUCAGCUAUCGUGAUCGGGAUCGUGAUCAUAUUCGUGAGACGACCUACCCGCAAACGCCGACCACAACCGAGGAGGAGAUUGUGGACGUGCAUCAACCGACCGAUGACGAGGACGAUGGUGAAGAGCAUCGAACGACCGUACAUCAAACACCGAACGGACGUCGACCGCCGCCGGUGAAGGUGGCGGAACCGCCAAACCCUGAACCGGAGCAACCGUACCAGCCUCACCCACAACCAUAUCCUCCGACGCGCCUUCCCAAGCACAAAGGUGGCCGCAUUAACUCCGAAGCGGAGGAACGUACCGCGAUGAUUAUUGGCAUUGUCGCCGGUGCUCUGAUCGCUGUCAUUCUCGUGAUUCUGCUCGUGCUGUGGAUCAAAUCGAACGGUGAUCGAUCGUACAAGACCGAGCACGACAAGAGUGGACUGUACGGGCAGGGACCGAGUGCGGCCUUGCUGGGUGGAUCACACGGAAACUCGGGCACGCACAAUGCGCACCACUACAACCAACAGGCACAGCAGGGCAGCCAUCAUCAACCGCAGCAUCAUCAUCAACCGUCGGCGCCACCGCACUACAAUGGCCAUCAUUCGAAUGGCGGCAGUACGCUCCCGUUGAAUGGUUCGCUCCGACACCACGGUCCAGGGAAUGGCGCCAUGGGUGUGAGUGGUGCGGGCGGAGGAAUGGGCAUGGGUAGUGGAGGAAACAUGAGCAUGGGUUACGGUGGGUUGAAUGGUAGCGGUAGCGAUAAGGGUAGCAUGCAAUCAAGCGGUGGCGGUGGUGGAGUUUCCGGUGGCCCCGGUGGUGGCGGUAUGGGACAGCAGCAGCGUAAGAGUCGCAACUCGAAGGAUAUCAAGGAAUGGUACGUCUAAAGAAAAAAGUGUUUCGAAGGUGAUAAGAUAUCAUCUCGCAGCGGAAAGCAUCAUGUACACGGUGUGGCACGAGAAUUUGUGCUGACGACAUGCGGUCAUUCCGCGAUUCCGGAGUAAAGUUCCGAUCAUGUAAAAACGAAGUGCAAACUGUUGAGUUUGCAAUCGGGGCUGGACAAUGUAAGUCGUACAUGGAAGGCAUACGCAAUACACGCAUGUGCAAACCAAACAGGAACAAUCAUCCUGGAGCAAUGUAAAUAGUCGAGUUAGGAAUUAUGAAAGUGAUCGAAUCAUUAUGUAAAACGAUAGCGAAGGUAAGAUAGAAGAAAAAAGUGAGCGUUUGCAAUGAUUGAUAUUGAAACUGCAAUAGAUCGAGAAGACCUACGAAAGAAGGAAAAAAGACACUGCAAUACAGUAAAAAAAAGAAAAUGGGAAAAUCGUAAAGCAACUACAUUUUACUACCCUUUAGAUGCGUAUCCUCAUCCCCGCCCGUCCCGGGCAAGAUCAAUCAGUACUAGAAAGACGUUUGUUAAGUACACCUGACCUUGAGGCUUCAAUACCGAUCCGAUAAUAGUUGCUAAAGCGAUACAAAGGGAGACAAAAAAAAAACAAGAGAAAAAUACCAAGAAAACAUAACCAACCAAACCACGAUCCUUGUUCCAGGCGCAUGCUACCAUUUUGUUUUCAAAAUUCAUCGGCAAAAAAACAAAAAACCGCAGCAAAGAACCAAAACCAAAAUUACGAUACGCUAACGAAGCGCUUAUUAGUAGGAGAAGAAGAGAGAAAAAAACCAACCUGAAAGCUUUAGUAAAACACUAAGAAAUCGAGCACUGGGAUUGACAAAUUGUUGGCAUUGUGGUUAUAGUACGAUUAUUAGCAGUUAAGGGAUAGGAUUGCGAUUCGUUUGUGCAUUUCCAUGUUACCACAAGUUCACAGCUCCCCAGCCUGUUUGAUGCGGAUCCGCUAUCCCCUCGCAUUCGAUCUACAGCGGGCUCGGUUUAUUGCUUUUGAAUAAUCGUUGAACGUUCCCUUUACCCUCCAAACAAACCCUUUCCCCACAACACCCCUCCCCAAAAGUUACACGGAGAGUGCCGCAAUAUCGUAUCUCUCUAUCGGACAAACACUAACUACUCUUAGUUCUAGUUACUACUAGCUUUUUUGAUAGUGAGUAAUUAGAAUCUAUCAGAAUGGCACAAUAUACACAACCUACACAACCUACAGGACACACAUUGCAUGUUGGAACAAAACCUGCCUGCUGCUAAGAUAUAAAUAUAUAUAAAAAUGCACACUCAAAGGGUCAUAUGCUCUCGGAUAUGGAUGGGGGUUUCCAUACCCGGCCAAGCUACAAAAAAAAAGAAAAUUUAAACGGAAAUUCAAUCUUAAUGAGUAACAAAACAAGAAGAAGAAGAAAAAACCAGUCAAAACUAAAAACCACGUGUAGGAUACGAUACAAAUGGCCGGCCGAGGUCAUACUAAGCUAGUAUAAGAAUGAUAAGACAUUACACCGUGUUCCGGUACAAGCAAAUUGUUUUUUCUGCACAAAUUUACUCUAAUUGUAAGGAAACAUCGCGAAACUCCAUUCCCCCCGGGGUGUUUACUAAUAUAGGAGUACAUCCCCAAUAAUGGACACCAGAGUACAUAUGGGAGGUAGUUACAACAAAGGAAAAAACAAAGCAAAAAAAAAACACACACACACACACUGACAUGGUUUAGUCAAGUAUAGAAAUACAUAAAAGGGUGAAAGUAAGGGUGGAAAAGAAAUAAAAAAGAGAUAUAUAUAUAUACACACUUACAUAACUCAUAUUACGAAACACAAAAACAAUGAGAAAAAAAAUCUUUAAAACAAAGCAUACAAAAAGGAACUUGUUUUGAUAAAUUCCUCAAACGAAAAAGGAAAUGAUACAAAGAAAGGCAAAAAGUUAAAAAAAAACAAGAACACACACAUACCGACACACACUCAAGAUAGAGUAAAGAGGCGUAAACGUAAAUAGUAUCAGAGCCUACACAAGUGUAGUGUAAUAUCUCUCUUUAACAAUCAAUAGAGAGAAAAACAUUAAUUGCAUCGAAGGCACAAAUUUGUGGAUUAAAUGAAGUAAUAAAAAUGAUCUCGUUUUGCUUUUGUUCUGUACAUUAUCGCCAAGCAGCAUCAGAAAGAUACUUAAACUUCUCUUGUCUUGUGUGUGUGUGUGCUCGUAUGUGUGUGUGCUUGUGUGAGGAAGAUUUUGGAAACCUGCCUUUUAUAGUUCUUUGUUUCUUCCUCUUCUUAUUUUUUUGUUUUUUGUUUUUCUGUACACACCUUGGCUAAUACUCCUUGCAAGGCUUGCAAUGGCCAUAUUGUCAAAAAAACCCAGUGUAUACAGGAUGGUUUUAAAUCCCGUCAUGCGGGAUGCGAUCAAAUUACAAGUCGAAAUCCAAUUUAAACGUACAUCAAAACCCGUCAAAUCUUGCACCGAAUUUUCUAUCGUUCUCGUACGAUCGCGGGAGAAACAAACCGCAAAAAGAUGCAACCAAAAAAAAAUUACACUCGAAUAUUCUAUUUCCAAUUGUACGCGCACUGUCUCUUGUACUCUAAAAAAAAGCAACAACCACAGCAAAGAAAAAAAAACUCAAUUGAUACUAAACCAAAAAAAAAACAAACAAACGAAAUCAUUAUACAAUAUUAUCUCUAAGGACACUCAGUCAAGCUCCUUUUACACGUACACACUGAUACACACCUACACACGAACGUCACGUUUUUUGAACUAAGUUUCAUUGCAAAAUUUAAACUUAACAUCAAAGAGAAACAAAAUGAAGAAAUUGGCAGAGAAUGAGAAAUAACUCCAAAUCAUUUAACAAAUGGCAACACACCAUACUACAGAUGAAAAAGAGAAAAUAUAGAAAGGAAAAUUGAAUCAUCUUGUAUCGAUUCAAACGAUUAAACAGAACAGAGCAAAGAUAGAAAAACACAACGUACAUAAAAAAUAUACAUAUAUAUUUGAUAAUAGACACACACGCAGACCCACAGACACACGUACACAAACUCUGCAAACAGUAAGAAAAAAAGAAACUCACGAAAUGAAGAGUUAAGCGUUAAGCAGUGGUUGAUAGAGAGGAUGAAACAAUGUGCAAAUGUGCUUGAAAGGAUCGAAUGUUUGACAAGUGACAAGUGAAGUAUUAUUUAGUACAACACACUUACUAAUGCGUACGAUGAGCCCAGGACACAUUACAUUUUUGUUCAUCCUGCCUCAUUACGCAUGCGAUUUUUCUACUGUGUGUUUGUUGUUAAUUUCGCUUUCAUUUCCGCGAAUGUAUUGAGACACCCAAACCCUACCCAUACUUAUGAUAGAGAAGUCAUCGAAUACACACUAUAUUACCCUGGAAAACAAAACUCGUCGAUAAACGGGAACAAUAACUCUUUCUUACAAUACUGAAUCUGUGUGGCGCAAAUACAACGGAAUCUCGAUCGGGGGAAAAAAAAACAGUUUUGAGUGAACAAAAGAAAAGAAAAAGUAUGUCGAAAAUGUAUGGUUAAACAUAUCAGUUUUUGGAGUGUGGUAUCUUUUUCUAUCCACACAGCACUUGCGCCAUGGUAGGUAACUCUGCAGGUGAAGCGAAACAGCAGAUGGGAACGAGAGCAUCUUCUUUUGCCUCGAACAAAGCGAACAUAGGCACGCGGUUUACUGCACCACUACAUACUACACGGCACACGUGCGAACCCUAUCUCUUUCUCUAAUCACUAUCUAUCACGGCAUUUACGAAGGCUGCUUUCGUCUACUAUGCGCGACCGCAAAAAAAACCAUGAAGCACUAGUAUAGUUAUCACCUUCAUCCUUAGAUAGGCGCAGUAUUAAAUCCCUUUAGACCAUUUAGUGUUUCGUUUUGUUGUUUUUUUCCCUGAUGUCACUAGGACCACAUUAUCAGCACACGACUCCAGCUCGAGAUAUAACAAAAAAAAAGCCAUACAAAGAAACUAAAAGGAAAGUGAAAAUUUCACCGGAAAAUUACACCCAACUUUACCUAGCUUUACUGAAACAUGCAGCCACACAAACGUAAUUAAGUGCGUUCUGUAAACGGAUUUGACUGAAAUAGUUUCUAUCUAUCAUAAAGGGCACCGUAAUCUACGUUCCUUUUGCGUUAUCAAAACGUAAAAUGAUUAAAAAAAUGAAUAGAAAAAAAGGAUAAGACGAACGAGUGAUGGAAAAGGAUAGCAAACUUUUUGUUUUGUUUAUCAAAACAUUUUUCUCCCACCACUAUUACUAGUGAUUACUUGCAAAAUCACGUCAGCUUCUUGAUGCCACCUUGGUAUUGGUUUUGCACUCUGUUCCUGCCACACACCACUGAUGCAGGGUUAAGAUAUGUCAAGGUGUACGAAAGGGUUUUUAGCUAGCAUGGCCACUAAUACAUGCAGCCGACAGUUUGAGCGGAUAAACUUCGAGUUUGUCUAACGAAUAGGGCACAUUAAACUGGGUAAGCCAAAUGACAACUUGCAAUCACUUUUUUUGCAUGGAGUGACUAAAAACCGAAGGUGAUAAUAGCAAGGGAAACAUGGAAAAACGCUUACCGUUUGAUCGUACGAUACCGGGGUGAGCUUAUCAACCAACGAGAAGUAGCUGAAUGUUUGCAGAACUACGGUGUAGAUGUAUGAAACGCUUCAACAGAAGGAAGCACACGAUAGUGGUAAAGCGGGAAGAAAAAAGAAACCAAAAAAGCAAAAAAAAACCAUCACAACUAGCCAUGCGAGUGUAUAACUAAUGCAAUUAAAGAUUGAAUAUAAUGAAGAAGAAGACAAACAAAAAUGCCACAAACAAAACACUCACAAUACACAAUAUAUAAAAGUAUGUUAUAUAAUUUGUUAAGUUGUAGAAUUUGUAAAGAAGGGUAGAGCAACAAUUGGGGGAAUAAAUAAGCUAACAAUAGGAUUGCAACAUAAAGACAGGAAAUAUAGAGAGCAAACAAGAGAGUAAAACAAACAAACAAAAAAUACACAGAGGAGCAGCAAGAGCGAACGUGUGUUUGUGCGUGCGCUUGCUUGUUUUUUGUUUGUUUGUUUUGUUUCCUUUCGUAGGGUGUAUUUUUGCUACAGUGGCCACAAGCAAAUGCCCGAACACACACAGCACAACCCAGGUGUAAAAGGCCCGGGAAAAGACUAACCGAGUAUCGAAACACCGUUUGUUCUGCUGCUCGAAGUGCAUAAAUAUGUAGCUGUGCAUACAUAAGUUAAUGUUACUACUACUACUACUAAAUACAUACUACUGCUGCUACUGCUGUAGUCGGUUAUGUUUGGAUGUUGAUUUACGUUGUACGUCGGGCGAAAGAUUUGCGACAAAUUCGAACCGUUUCGACCGGUCAACAAACACGGUACGGGACGGACGGCAGUAGUUGAGAUUAGAGUAAGUCAUUGUUUCUGAGUUGUUUUUUUGUUUUCUUCUAAUAUUUACGUUGUAAACGAACGUCCGUUUUUACGUUGUUGAAUGAAUACUGGACUAUAUAGCCAACAGAAUACAGCAAAACAAAACAAAAAUACAAAACAAUACAAAAAAAAAGAAAAUCUAAACAUCUUAUUACGGAAAGGUGGAAUAGAACGUACAGUACGGUGGGAAUGAGGGAAAUGGGCAUAUGAAAUGAAAAUUGCAUACAGGCACACUUACACAGACACGGACACAAAAACACAAAUUUAAAAGAACACCCAUUUUACAAACUAUCUUUACCACAUACAAUACUCACAUAAUGUAGGUGAUGCUGAGCAUAAGAAAAACCAAGCAUAAAAUAAGACAAGGGUAUGUACAUUCCUCAGUGAACUAGAGAAGAGAUAUUACAGGACGAAUGAACAACACAAGAAGAAAAUAAAAACACAUACAGACACACAACACACACAUACACAUUCAAAACAAAGAACAAAAAAAACGAGCCGAGAAUGGUUUUUGUUGCUAAACAAUAAAAGAAAUAAUUCGGAAACAUGA